AUCGCCUGCCUACAACUCAGUUUCGCAUAUCCCUGUCAAAACAUGUGCUGUAAUUCUACUGCACGGUAGUUGUACAUUAGCUAGCUGUAGUUUUGGUGCACCCUGCUGGAAAUAGCAGGGCAAACCAAGCAGCAGCAGCAUAUCACUUUUCUAACAUGACCGCGUGAGGGUGCGUUGAAAUUACUGUUUCGUGAGAACCAUAGGUAAUCUCGUUUCUUCCAUUAUCCAGGCCCCAAAACAAGUGCAACUCAGCCAACAUUCACCACUGUUGCGGCAUCCACCCGUGUGUUCUCUGCAAACACCUCCUCAAAUGCCAGCAAGUCCAGUGCUGCAAGAGAACGCCAUCCCAUCAUCACCACGCAUGUUUGUGGUGGUCCCACGUAAAUUGGAGUAUCGUUCACCUACAAGCAUGACAAAAACAAAACCAGUUGUGGUGCACCGAUCAACAUAUACACAGACAGACGUAGCUGCGAAAGCACUGCAGGAACGGGGUUGUCAGACAGAGCCAUGGGAACUGCCAGUUGAAAGAAACGCCACUGUCAACACGAGCUGCACAACAGCCCCGACUCCCGCAAACUCAAACACAGGAAGCCAGCCUGCUGAAACUGAUGAUGACGAUGAUGAUGAAGAUGACGACGACUACAGUCCGUCACAGGAAGAGAGUAGUAGUGGUGAGGAAGAUGUUCCCCCGCCACUUACGCUUCAGAAUGAAAGAAAGUUUUUGGUGUUUGAGACGUGCCUCCUGGAGUUAUUCCAAAACUGCCGGAAAUGCUUAUCCCGUUGCUCUGCCGAGGUAACAGCUACAGGCACAAUGAUAAGUGUGAAAACCCGGUGCCACGAUGGACAUGAGCUGACAUGGGAGAGUCAACCUGUGGUCAAUGGAAGGCCAGCCGGAAACCUUCUGCUGUCAGGUUCCAUAUUCUUCUCUGGAGCAAAUGCAGCACCAACUCUGCGAAUGCUGAAGCACAUAAACGUGCAAACGUUCAGCCUCACAACAUUUUACAGAUACCAAAGCUGCUUUCUUGUUCCAGCCGUAGAGAAGGUCUGGUCAUUGGAGCAGAGGCAACUUCUAGACCAGCUGGAUGACCAGGCAGUAGAUGUAUCGGCAGAUGGGAGGUGUGACUCUCCUGGGUUCUGUGCAAAAUAUAUGACAUAUAGUAUCCAUGUGGAUCAACUGAACAAAAUAAUUCAUUCCGUCCAAGUUCAACUGGCAGAGGUACGUGUAUAAAUUGUCUUUCCAACUUAUUAGACUUCAGCAGGUUGGAAGUAUAGAUAUAACCAUCGAGAUCUUUGU